UCCGCCGGUGUUGUGCAACGCUGACACCGUUUGACCGGAUUAUUACCGGCGGGUUCAUCAUGAGAACUCAUAUUUUUCCUUUCCUCAAUAUUUUACUUCCUCUUUCCUUCUCUUUCAUCCUCUCAACUUUCCAUCUCUCCCUAGUAGCUUCUUCUUCUUCAAAUCUCAUCCAAGGCACCUGCAAAAAGUGUUCCGACACCGACCCAAAUCUCAGUUACAACUUUUGCACAGUCUCCUUCGAGUCUUCUCCCGACGGUCGCCGGUGCGCCGAUCUCCGAGACUUGGGUCUCGUCUCGAUAAGAUUGACCAAAAACAACGUGACUUCUACUAGGCAUUUCAUAAAACACCUUCUCCACAAUGACAAUAAUAAGAAGAAAUUGGACCCUUAUGUGAAGGCUUGCUUGAGAGACUGUAUGGAGCUGUUUAAUGAUGCGGUGUUGACAAUCAAAGUGGCUGUGAAGGAUUACAAGGCGAAGCGAUACGAUGACGCGAAUAUAGGUUUGAGUUCGGUGAUUGACGCUUCAUCGACGUGUGAGGAUGGGUUUAAGGAGACCGAUGAAACCAAAAAGCACGUUGUUUCGCCUUUGUCGAAGAGAAUGUAUUACCGGCGGGUCUCCGCCGGUAAUACAUACAUCACCGGCGGGGUCCGCCGGUAUUACUCCGCCGGUAAUACAGCAUCGGCGGAGGUCCGCCGGUAUUACUCCGCCGGUAAUACAGCAUCGGCGGAGGUCCGCCGGUAUUACUCCGCCGGUAAUACAGCAUCGGCGGAGGUCCGCCGGUAUUUCACCGCCGGUCUUAAACUAUUACCGGCGGGUUCCGCCGAUGAUGAUGAUGAUGAUGAUGAUGUGGAUUGGUGA